AGAUCUUUUGAUCGUGUUGGUGCUGCUGUCAGAUAGCAACUAGCUGAGAACAAAGUAUCCUAUGAAGCAAUAAGAAAGUUGAGAAGCAAAGAAGGUUGUUAGAGCUAAAAUCUUGUUAGAUGUGAAGUUAGGUCAGGACAGGGAAUAGAAAAUAAGAACUCGUCUGCAUGGUAAAAUGGACCAGAAUAAAGCACACUAAAUUAUUCUGGAAUAAAGUGAUUUUUAUUCUGGAAUAGAGUAUCCACAUACUACUGUUGUCUCUGUGCAUAUUAGCAACCAUGGCAUCCAAUAUUUUCAGCCAUUAUCAAAGUCACAUCAAUCUAAACUAAGUCUUGCAUUGUGCCCUGAGUGUUGCUAGACUUCAGCUCUGGUGGACUCCAGCUGGAACAAAUUCCAAAAGCCAUAGCUCUCAUCUGAGAGCACAUUGCCUGCCACCAUUCCUUGAGAGAUCAACCUCAGAAACUGAAAGCAAGAUGCUUCUGUCUUGACCUUUAACUGCUGUGAUGAGGGAGGGUAGGAAAGGUCUCUGAGAUAAUGGGGUUCCUGUCCACUCAAAGUCAAAGGAAUCAUGGGAGUGUUAUGGUUUUAUAGUAUUUUUUUUAGCCUCUCACGUGGCCUAAUGGAUCAUUGCAGACACAGAGCCUUUAACCACUAGGUUGUUAGUUUGAAUUGCUCCAGGUGCUCUGUAAUCAAGGUUACCAUCUGAUCUGAUAGUUAUUCAUUGGUGUGAGCAAUUAGACAAGUUCUUGGUGGAUAAAUGUGUACAUAGCAGUUGGCAUUAGCUGACAUCUUCUAGAGAAGGACUGAAUCAAGACUGAACUGUCCUUUUCAUGCCUAGAAUCUGUCCUUGUAGGGUCAAGGCUGAGUUAGCAGGGAAGUGUGGGAAAGUAUGCACUAUGGCUGCUUGUGUUGUACCUUGCCUGUAUAAUUUGGGAUUCAAAUUCUAAUUCUAUCAGUCUGGCUCCAUUCAUGUGCACUAAAUUUGCUUUAAAAUAUUCCACCCCCUUCAGUGUUUUCAUAAUUGCUAAAAUUCAGAAGCCCUAAUGACAGAUGUACUUCUAUUGCACAUAUAUGACUAUUGGGUAAGGCUCUUGAAAAUGGAGCAGCCAAGUCACACGUUUGAAUGUAACUUUGGUUUUUUUGUUUUCAUCAUACAAGCUUUUUAAAUGGUUCUCUCGCUUUAUGGUCCAUGCCUGUUAAAUAAUUUGCUAAAUUAUGUGUAAAAUAUAAAUACAGAAGUUAAGAUAGUUAUUAAAAAAGGUGUGUGUGUGUGUGGGGGGGGACUUUUAUAAAAUCAGUAUAGACAGGAAUAACAUUUACCAGUUUUAGGUUCAAAAUGUAGAUCGUGUGUGUAGGGAUGAAGAGGGUAUUUACAAUACUUAGCAGGCCAAAUUCAUCCCUGAAUUCAUUGGAGUUACACCAGAAAUGAUUCUGAUCAGUAGGAGUAAAAGUAUAUUGAUGAACAAUUUUUAUCUUUACUUUCAAUUAAAAUAGCUUUGAAGGGGAUUUUAAUUCCCCCCUCCCAUGUUGUCAGUGUUGGUGAAAGGAAACAUUAUUGAUCAAAUAUAUCAGAAAAGUCAACUGAAAUGGACGAGAAACUGAAUGCUCUAUUUUAAUUGUUCAGGCUGCAUAAUGUGCAAAUAGUAAGGAGACGUAUAUUGUGACAUGAAUAUUUGACUCUAAAAAUUGUUUCCAUUCAGUGGAAAGUGUUAUUAAUAACUGAAUUAUCUCUUUAAAAUGAGAUUUGUUGACAGUACCUCUUUGGUAUUUUUUGCAAGCACUUACUGGUGGGUAUAGUGCUACAUAGCAUUUUUGGUUUCAUUGUGGAAGCUAUGCAUGCUAGUUACACUGGUAGUAGGUGUAUGGCAGCAUCAGGGUCUGAACUACUGAUAAGUUCAAAUCAGGGGGAAUGCAUGCACAGGGGUCCACCUGUGCAGAGCUUAUUGCAGAAUUGAGGCCUCAGUAGCAUUUUCCCCCCUUUGAUCCAGAGCAUUUCAUCCCUUCUCCUGCAGGUGGGGUUUUUUUCCUCCCUUUUAAUGGCAUGUCCUUACUUUUUGGUAUCAUUAGUUGCUACUUGCAUGCAUAAAUUCAGUACAUGCAGCAACUGUGGCAACUUUUGGUAGCCUAGAUGAACACUAUUAUACAAAUAACAAACAGUAACAAAUGGAAGGGGUAAGGGAUUCAGGGCUCUUUAAAGCUUUUAGAGUCCAGAAAUCCAGUGGCCCUGAAAUCCAGUGCUUAGUUCAACUGCUGUGGUCAUGUUAAUGGGCCAGCACACAGCUAAUGGCCUUAAUUUGGAGCCAGGGUCUGACUUAUUUACUACUCCAACAGCAUAAAGUGGUUGAAACCAAGAUGAAUUCUACCAGGGCAGAAGGGUUCACUGGGUUAUUGGAAAGUUGGCAUAAUAGCCUUCUAUCACCACUCUGGUGCAAUGCAGGGGUGGGCCAGAGUAUUCUGCAUCCUUGCUCUUCUGGACUCUGUGCUGGUUCAGCAGGGAGCAGUUUGUAGGUAGCAUAAGUAACACUGGUGGCCAGGUCCAGAAUCGGAGAUGUGUAAAGGUUGCUUAAAGACCCUCAGCUCAGAAUUGGGGCCAGAGUUUGUAUAUUGUAUUUUAAAAGUUUGAGAUGACACUCUGACUCCAUAUAUUAUUUCUAUUUUCUUACAAGUAAAUUGAACAAUUUUCCAAAUAAAUUAACAAUAAUUUCCUUUAUCUUAGAGGACUUUAAAUGGAAUCAAGUUUAAGUGUAAGAGGUUGGGAAGUUGUAUUUUUCUUUGGAAGUGCUGUUAAUGGGUUCUUGUAAAGUCACCGUUCAGCAGUUCUAUCCAAUAUCUAGUCCUCCCUCACAGCAGCAGAUCUAAAGUUGAGAGGUGGUUUUGCCUCUAUAGGGCAUUGGUGAGAUCAACUCUGGAACACUGUUUAGUUCUGGUGUCUAUAUUUUUAAAAGGAUGUUCUAAAGUUGGAGAAGGUGCAGAAAGUGUCACAAAAAUGAUUUGAGGGCUAGAGAAAAUGCCUUACAGUGAGAGCCUUAAAGAGCUUGAUCUGUUUAGUUUAUCGAAAAGAAGAUUGAUAGCUCAUUAGAUUAGUCUCUUAAGAACCUUCACAGAGAGAAAAUACCAGAUAUUAAGGGCUCUUUACUCUAGCAGAGAAAGACAUAACAAGAAUCAAUGGCUGAAAACUGAAGCCAGACAUCCAAAUUAGAUACAGUAUUUUUAACAUUCAGGAUAAUUAACUAUUGGAACAAACUAUUAGAGAAUCCAUGGCUUCUCUUAUCUCUUGAUGUCUUCAUCUCAAGACUGAUGCCUUUCUGGAAGGCAUGCUUUAGGCAAACACCAGUUAUGCUUUAGUGAAGACACAGAUUAUUGGGCUCUGGUGAAAUGUAAUGGCCCAGGUUCUCUGUCAGACUAGAUCUAAUGGUCCUUUUCUGGCCUUAAACUGUGUGAAUCUAAACUCCUGCUGGGCAUGCAUGUAAUUCUGCAGCCACAGGAAAUGCUGACAGCAGCCUGUGUGUGACUGAGCGUGGUGGCCUGGCCCAGGAACUGGCUUUGCCAGUGACAGCAGGUACCUUACCAAGGGGCAGGGAGGAGUCCUGCUGCGUGCGCCUGGCCCGGGCAGGCGGUGUCAGGAGCGCCUUGGCCGGGCAGUCUGGCAUUGCCCACAGCGCAGCUCCCAGGUUUCCAGGCGCGCGCACAUCUGCAGGAGAGUUCCCAAGCGCCGCCCCCGCCUCGCCGUGCGCCGGCUACGGCCCCUUCCUGGGCCCGAUCCAGCGCCGCCCCCGAAACCAAGCCCGCCCCUGGCAGGGAGGGGGGCCCUCGCCCCAGCAGCCCCCGCCUCAUGCAUAUGCAAAUGACGGUAUAAUGGCCAGCCAAUGGCGUGCGGGCUGGUCACAUGGUGCCGCCGGAGGCUGAGGGGAGAGAAGUUGGGUCUCAGUGAAGCCAGGCAGCUCAGGCGGCGGCCACGGGCGGCGAGCGCUCGGGCUGCAGGCGGCGGGGGAGGCUGAGCCGCUCCCCCCGCGGGGCGCCCGGCCGGCCGGGGCGCUGCCGGGACCAUGCCGAUCCUCCUCUUCCUCAUAGACACCUCGGCCUCCAUGAACCAGCGGGCGCACCUGGGCACCAGCUACCUGGACAUCGCCAAGGGCGCCGUGGAGCUCUUCAUGAAGCUGCGGGCCCGGGACCCGGCCAGCCGCGGGGACAGGUACAUGCUGGUCACCUUCGACGAGCCGCCCUACUGCAUCAAGGCUGGAUGGAAGGAAAAUCAUGCAACAUUCAUGAAUGAACUGAAAAACCUGCAAGCUUCAGGAUUGACUACCCUUGGGCAGGCUCUCAGAUCCUCGUUUGACUUGUUAAAUCUCAAUAGAUUAGUAUCUGGAAUAGACAAUUAUGGACAGGGGAGGAACCCGUUCUUUUUAGAGCCAUCUAUUUUAAUUACCAUCACAGAUGGAAACAAAUUGACACAUAGUGCUGGUGUUCAAGAGGAGCUUCAUCUUCCUUUGAAUUCUCCUCUACCUGGAAGUGAACUAACCAAAGAACCAUUUCGUUGGGAUCAAAGGCUGUUUGCCCUAGUGCUGCGUUUGCCAGGAGCUUCUUCUGUUGAACCAGAGCAACUCGGGAGCGUACCCACAGAUGAAUCUGCAAUCACACAGAUGUGUGAAGUGACAGGAGGUCGCUCCUAUUGUGUGCGGACACAAAGAAUGUUGAACCAGUGUUUAGAAUCUCUAGUUCAAAAAGUUCAGAGUGGUGUUGUUAUUAACUUUGAAAAAUCAGGACCAGACCCAGCUCCCAUUGGAGAAGAUGGACUUGUUGAUUCAUCCAGGCCCAUCAAUUCAUUUGCUUCUCAACCGUGGCAUAGUUGUCAUAAACUCAUUUAUGUACGACCUAACCCUAAAACUGGUGUUCCUGUUGGGCAUUGGCCAAUUCCAGAGUCAUUUUGGCCUGAUCAGAAUUCACCAACUCUGCCGCCACGCACAGCUCAUCCUGUUGUGAGGUUCUCCUGUGUAGAUUGUGAGCCAAUGGUAAUAGACAAGCUUCCUUUUGACAAAUAUGAACUUGAACCUUCGCCCUUAACGCAGUACAUCUUGGAACGAAAGUCUCCCCAUGCCUGCUGGCAGGUAUUUGUGAGUAACAGUGGAAAAUACAGUGAACUUGGCCAUCCAUUUGGGUAUUUAAAAGCAAGCACUACUUUAACCUGUGUAAACCUCUUUGUGAUGCCUUACAACUAUCCUGCUUUACUUCCUCUGCUAGCAGAGGAGGAGAGCUACCUGCUUCCAGUGCAUGUUUGAUGCUGUUCACCUCCUAGACACGUAGCCUCUUCCUUAACCUGGAAUGACUUGUUUAAGGUUCACAAAUUUAAGCCAAAUCUGAAGUGGCGACAGGCUUUUGACAGCUACUUAAAAACAAUGCCUCCUUAC